AUGGUGUACUGCGGAAAGCCGUCCAAAGGCUGCGACUAUUGCCGCAAGAAGCGACUGAGGUGCGAUCAAAAGCGGCCCGGAUGCGGACAGUGUCGAAAUGCUUCUCGAGCCUGUCCUGGCUAUCGCAACCAACUAGAUCUCAUGUUCCGUGAUGAAAGCGAUCGAGUGGAACAGAAGUAUCGAGUGACAGCAGUCCUAGACGCAGAUGCCGAUGCAGCUGUGGACACCAGCAGUGGAAAAACCAGCGAAUCCAGCAAGCACGAUUCUGCAGCAACUACCAGUAUAUCUUCGCUGGACCUUCGAGCCACUGAGAAAGACCUAUUACCAAUCAUCGCGGACAACAUGUCCAGCCAGAUCUCGAACCAGAGGAAACUGGCCUCGCUGGACCGCCCUUCUCAAGCACUGAGCCAAGCUCUUCCCGAGAUCGCAAUAGCAUUCUUCCUGACGCAAUAUAUCCCCGGCAGUCAUUUCGAAUACCUCCCUCUUCUUUAUAACACUGCAAAGCCUCCCUCCCUUCUGACAAGCAUUGUUGAGGCUGUGUCUCUCGCAAGUCUUAGUCAUGCGACUCGGAGGCGUGAACUCAUGGCUCUAGCCCGACAGAGAUAUUCACGGAGCCUUGUUGAAACAAACACUGCGCUUCAAGACCCGUAUGGCUGCCGUCAGGAUGCAACGCUGGCGUCUGUACUGCUCCUCGCUCAUUUCGAAACUCUUGCGAGCGAAGACACCAUUGGCGUCGAAGACGUUGCGUUGGCACAUGCCAGUGCAAGAUACUCGCCUUCUGCGAGCUGGGACCGGCAUGUGCAAGGAGCGGUAUCCCUUGUCAGCCUUCGUCCCAAACCUGACCUCGAAAAGUCUCUGAGCGUUCGGCUCCACCAACACGUCAACGCAAUAGCCCGGUACAGCAGCAUACAACGCCGCGCCCGAUUACCCGCCGAGAUCUCGUCCUGGGGGUUUACCAUGGGCUUACGCAGAGAUCGAGAAGACCCGAAUCGACGGUUUAUGGUGAUUGUCGAUGACUUCACGGAACUUCGCGCAAGCAUCCACGAGGGGUCGCUAACCGACCCGUUUGAAAUUAUCGAACAAGCGAAGGCCAUCGACGCGCAUACUGCAUUGGUCGCCAGAGGUUUUCCUUCGGCUUGGGCGUAUGAUGUCGUGGUCACCAGCAGCCAGAUGGAGGGGCUAUACAAGAAUAAAUAUCAUCUCUACCCAAGUCAUUACUCCGCGCAGCUGUGGAACGAAGUUCGAAUGACCAGAAUUGCUCUCAAUGAGAUCAUCUUCGUUUAUGUGGACAAGGCUCGCCGGCAGGACCGUUUCGAUGACGAAGGGGACGACUUACUUAAAGCAUUGCGUGCGCGGUGUGUGCGCGUCAUUGAGCAAAUGGCAACCGAGAUAUGCCAGUCCUCGACGUCGUUUCUACAGAAGCCACACUGUCUCGCGCCCUCAAAAGGCGCCGGAUCGCCGUCCAAUCUAUCAAUUGCAAGCGCCUACUUCCUCAUAUGGCCUCUGUUCAGUGCGGCCCGAGCUUCCAUAGUGGCGGGCGGAUCCUUCAAGGAAUUUGUGAUUGGCCAACUGAAUUUCAUCGCGAGAGAAAUGAAUAUUCCUCAGGCGCAAAAGGCGUCCCUGAUGUUGGAACAGGGUGUUGUACAUGAGGACUGGCUGCAUAUGCUGCAUUUAUUUUGA